AUGGAUGGAUCGUUGUCACGAGCUGUUGCAGCUGCAGCUCGUUAUGUUGCCGACUCCAACAUUGACAACACCGCCCUCUUCGAAGACUCCUUGAAAGUACUUAUACGUCACUUAGAUGGAGUGGAGGUCACCGGAAGAUUAUCUCUUUCCAAUCAGUUCCUCACCGAAUUGCUAGACUACAGUCCACACAUUCUUUCGGCCAACACUUCAAGUGCACCGACUAGGUCAAAGCUUCUACGACUUCUCUUUAGCUUAGCUCUAUACAAUGUGAGAAUACGACGGUAUCUCUGUGGCGAACUCCAUCUAUGUGGACCUGUUUUUGAGUGCCUGAAGAUGUCGCUGAAAGAGCAACUAGGACCGCAAAAUUUAAUCGACAUUCUUCGGCUGCUACAGGUUCUAACCUACGAAAAAUGUCUGGUUCUCGGAAUAUGGACUAACGAUUUGAUAUCUUUUCUAAUGAGUGAG